AUGUCACAGGAGAAGAAGAAAGUAGAUCCUGCUAAAUCUUUCGUGGCAGGUGCAUUGGCUGGUGCCGUUGAGGCCUCUAUCACAUACCCGUUCGAAUUUGCUAAGACCAGAUUACAACUGGUGGAUAAAUCCUCCAAGGCGUCUCGUAACCCAUUGGUUCUGCUUUUCAACACAGCUAAAACUCAAGGUGUUGGCUCUAUCUAUGUGGGGUGUCCAGCAUUCAUUGUCGGGAACACCGCCAAGGCAGGUGUUAGAUUCUUGGGUUAUGAUACGAUUAGAAAUUUUUUAAAGGAUCCUCGCACCGGCGAAUUAAGUGGUCCUAGAGGUGUUAUUGCCGGUUUAGGUGCUGGUUUGCUUGAAAGUGUUGUUGCAGUGACUCCCUUUGAAGCAAUUAAGACCGGUUUGAUUGAUGAUAAACAGAGCGCCAAUCCAAGGUAUCAUAACAAUGGUCGCGGCAUAGUACGGAACUAUGGAUCUUUGAUUCGUGAUAAAGGUUUCCGCGGUCUAUACAACGGUGUGCUACCUGUAUCGAUGAGACAGGCCGCUAAUCAGGCAGUGAGAUUAGGGUGUUAUAAUAAGAUUAAAGUCAUGGUACAGAACUAUACAAACUCUCCAAAGGAUCAAGCCUUAUCAUCCGGUUUGACAUUUGUCGUCGGUGCCUUUAGUGGUGUCGUUACCGUGUACACCACCAUGCCAAUAGACACUGUCAAAACAAGAAUGCAAAGUUUAAACGCUUCCCAGUAUUCAUCAACCUUCAACUGUUUUAGCAGAAUUUUGAAAGAAGAAGGCUUGAAGACAUUUUGGAAGGGUACCACUCCUAGACUAGGAAGACUAAUUUUAAGCGGUGGUAUUGUUUUCACCAUUUAUGAGAAAGUCCUGACGGUGUUGGGUUGA